AUGGAGGAUAUAGCACCCCCUCCAGACUUGCUCUACAGCUCAUAUGAAGAAGCGUAUACCGCGCUCAAGACGCAUGGCAUGCAGCAUGGCUACGGCUUCGUCCUCAAACGAAGCUGGCCUCACAAUUCGACUGUUAAGACACGCUAUUACUAUCACUACGAUCGUUUCAGAAACAACUACCAGUCAAGCGCGAAGGUUCUAAGCACAAGCACACGCUCUACUGGGUGUCCUUUCAAGCUUGUCAUCUUCAGGACAAAGGACACCGAUCAGUGGAAGCUAGAGGUACAGAACAAGGACCACAAUCAUCGCCGGUCAAUCAACUCUAGCGCGCACAAUGUCUACCGCAGGCGUACACCAGCACAGAAGGAAGUGAUUGAAUCAAUGACCCGUGCUGGGGCGCGGCCUAUGCAGAUAUUGGCUGCCAUCCAGAGAGAGGAUCGGGACACACUGGUAUCUGCCACCGAUAUCCGUAGCGAGAGGAAGGCUAUCAGAGAGAAGCACCUCAAUGGAAGAAGCCCUGUGGAGACAUUGCUAGAUGAAUUGUCCACGACAGACUGGAUCUUUGCGGUCAAGAAGGACGACAACAAUCGCAUCCAGAACCUCUUCUUUGCCUACCAGAAGCAGAUCGAACUUCUGCUAGCAAACCCUGAUGUACUGUUGAUGGACUGCACGUAUCGAACAAACAAGUACAAACUUCCUCUGCUGCAUAUACUAGGCUGCACUAACCUGCAGACGUUCUUCUCUGCGGGCUUCUGCUUCCUAAGUAAUGAGACGCAUGCAGACUACCACUGGGCGAUCGCAAACUUCCUCCUCAAGACAGGUGUACAACAACCACGUGUGUUCAUCAGCGACUAA